GGAGCCGCUCUCCAGCCGCGGAGCACUGGUGUAUGAGAGGAAAAUGUAUCGUCUCGGCCAACAGUUUAUUUCCAAGAUCGCUUUCGAUUACUUUUUAUCCACUGUGCCACGGGAACAUUUUACCUUUACUAGACAAUACAAUAAAAGCUGGUCGUGUAUUGGCUGAUUUUGGAUAAAAUUUAAAUCUGCACAAAAUGCCAAGGACCAAGAAGAAGAACAGCAAGGGGGGACAGCAUGGAGCUGUGCAGCCUUUCAGUGACGAGGACGCCUCCAUUGAAACCCUCAGUCACUGCAGCAGCUUCAGUGAUUCCACCAGUGUAGCAGAUGAAGGUGGAGAUGGAAGUGAAGACACAGCCCAGGAGGAUUUUCAGUAUAAGCUGAAGGGCUUCAUUGACAGCACUGUGGACAAAAGUGCAAAGACCAGACAGGGCGCUCUGGACGGGCUGAAGACCGCCAUGGCCACGCGGAUCCUCUACGAGUUCAUCUCUGAGAGAAGAAUGACCAUCACCGACAGCAUUGAGCGCUGCCUCAAAAAGGGUACGUCGUCCAAACGUCCCCUUCCCCCUAAACGUUUGAGUCACGUUUACUCACCUGCUGUAUUUGUACUCGUUGUAGGCAAAGGAGAGGAGCAGCGAGCGGCGGCCUCGUUAGCUUGCCUGCUCUGCAUCCAGCUGGGUUCAGGAAUAGAAAGCGAGGAGGUGUUUAAAACCCUGAAGCCCAUUUUCAAGAACAUCUUGGCAGAUGGAUCGGCCAACAUUCAAGCCAGACAAGCAGUGGCGACGAGUUUGGGUCUUUGUACGCUUGUUGCAGAGGACGAUGUGUUGGACGUACAGGCCACCAUGGAGUGUUUUGAGAACCUGUUCACCCGAUCCUACGCUAGAGCAGAUGGUACCUGUCCUUCAAUCAACCCUCAGACGAGCCUGCUCCACACCAACGCUCUGCUGUCCUGGGCUCUGCUGCUCACCAUCUGCUCGGCCAACCAACUCAAGGAUAUCUUGCACAAGCAUCUCCCCAAACUGCCGAAGCUGCUCGAGAGCGAAGAUGUCAACAUGAGGAUUGUUGCCGGGGAGACCAUAGCUCUGCUCUUUGAGUUAGCUCGAGACACGGAGCCUGAGUUUGAGUUUGAGGACUGGGAUCAGCUGUGUGUCAAACUGAGCGCGUUAGCUACCGACUGCAACAAGCACAGAGCCAAGAACGACAAGAGGAAGCAGCGCUCGGUGUUCAGGGACGUCCUGAAGGCCGUAGAGGACGGGGACUUUCAGUCCGAAACGAUUCGCUUUGGGACGGAGCGGAUGAGCAUCGACAGCUGGGUGAGGAAGAGGACCUACGACGCUUUCCGAGAGUUCGUAGGGUCUGGAAUGAACUACCAUCUACAGGCAAACGAGUUCAUCAGAGACGUGUUUGAACUGGGACCUCCAAUACUGGUUGAUUCGGCAACAAUGAAGGCGAUGAAAAUCUCCCGCUUUGAGAGGCAUCUUCACAACUCGGCUGCGUUCAAGGCUCGGACAAAAGCCAGGAGCAAGUUCAGGGACAAGAGGGUGGACGUGGGAGAAUUCUGAUCGGUUUAAUUUAUUGUGCUUUUUGUUUCCUAUUCUAUAUCAAUUUUUUCUGCUUUUUUAGCUAAGUUGUCACAUUAGUGGUUGUGUUGGAGUUGUUUGAAAACUAAAUGAAACCCCUCUAGUGUUUUAAAGUGGCCACAAAACGGAGGUUUGGGUUUAAACGGCAGCAAAGAGAUCCUAGUCAGAGAAAUGAAUACUGUGUA